CGUUCAACCAUCAACUCGUACAAGCCCUCUACUCUCUCCCCUUUUCUCACGCCACCUGUUGCCUCUUGACUUAGUUUAGCAGAUCCCUACCGUGGUACCUACACUUACUUGAAGUUACUUUGGGUGACUUGACGUCACCUAACAGCUCACCCCCAAACUACCCCGCUCACCUUGCUCCCAGUCACUCCUUUGCCAAACACAUCAGCAGCCGCUAGUCUCCCGUCACGAACCACUCAAAUUCCGCGUCCGACCAUGGCAUCCGGAGCACCAGCUACUCGGCAACAGUCGUCCAAGGAUGAGCCCUAUCAUCUCAUUUACUGGCCCGGCAUCCCCGGUCGCGGCGAGCACAUCCGGCUUGUCCUCGAAGAGGCGGGCGCCCAGUACACAGACACUGCCUUUACCGAGGAUGGCAUCAAUGAAGUGCUCGGCUUCGUCAAAGGCAAGGUUCCCGACGACGGCAUCAAUUCCCCGCCCUUGGCGCCUCCCAUUCUGGAACACGGCGACUUGGUUAUAAGUCAAACAUCGAACAUUCUGCAGUAUCUGGGGACUCGUCUUGGUCUUGUCCCCGACGCCGACAAGGACCCCAACGGCGUGUACAGGGUGAAUGCGCUAGCCUUGACGGCCCUAGACGGUUUAAGCAACGAACCUCACGAUUGUCACCACCCGGUUGCGACUGGGUUGUACUACGAGGACCAGAAAGAGGAGAGCAAGCGGAAGUCUGAGGACUAUGUCAAGAACCGGCUGCCCAAGUUCAUGUCCUACUUUGAGCGAGUUCUGGGUUCCAAGUCGAGCGGGUCUGGACCUUGGCUUUACGGUUCGGCGUUAUCUUAUGCAGACUUGGUGCUUUUCCAGUGUGUGGAUGGCGUGAAGUUUAUGUUCCCCAAGGCCAUGGCGAAGCUGGAGAGAGAGGGAAAGCACACCAAGGUCUUUGCGCUGCACAAGGCUGUUGCGGAGCGCCCGAGGAUCAGAGCAUACCUGGAUUCGCCGCGCCGACAGAGAUACUCGAAUGGAAUAUACAGGUACUACGAAGAGCUUGAUAUUGAACCCUAAUGUCCACGGUCUGGGGGGAUGUUCUUUUUAGGUCAGGGGAAAGCCAGUGGUCUGAGUUGUCUGGUCAAUCAACGAGGCGAUGAUCACCAUUGUCAACAUCUUGCCUCUUUCCGCAAAUGAACUGCGAAAAUACUCCACAACACUUUGUGAAUCGUUUGACUUGUGAGAUGAUUUUUGGAUACGGUGCUCCAGACGAAGCUGGAGGGACGUCAACUGCGGUCAUGCCUCGCGAGUGACACCCAGCUAGAUUCACGGGAAAGGAGCUGCUUGAAGGCACUGAAGAAGUGCUGGUGGCCAAAUAAU